AUGGCAUUUUUUCAAAUGUCUUCAGCAAUUAUUGAUUGUAACAUGAAUUCUGGUUAUUCUUUCUGGCUCUGGCCAUUUUUUGAUUAUUUCGAAAAUUCAAAUUUACAAAAACCAUUUAAACCCUCUAAUCGCACACUUGGCUUUGACCAUAUUUACGUUGUACAUCUUGACUCUCGAGCGGAUAGGCGUGAAAGAUUAGAUGAAAUAGCUUCUUAUCUUGGUUUAGAUUUUGAUUAUUUGUCUGCUAUUUCUAAAAACGAUGAACAAAUUCUCCGCAAGUAUGGAUCCGCAGAUAUGGACUCUGCUCAAAAAGCUUGUUAUUUAAGCCAUUAUUCAAUAUAUAAACUAAUAAUUGACAAAGGCUUUAAUAGUGUCUUAAUUUUAGAAGAUGAUGUGGACUUUGAAACUAACAUUACUGCUAUUAUGACUGAUAUUCAUCGUGAUUUACCUGCUUCUUGGGAAAUGUUGUAUGUAGGCUAUUGCUUUGAAGAUAUUGGUGAACAAGUCGGAAUAAGUUCUUCUGUACAUAGGCUAUAUAAAUCUGUGGCUCCUAUGUGUACACAUGCUUAUGCAAUUUCAUAUUCAGGUGCUCGCAAACUAAUAGAGCUACUUGAUCCUGUGAUUCCACGUGCAACAGUUGAUUAUUCUCUUAGUUUAGUAAUCAGAGAAGGGAACGUCACUUCAUUUGAUGUUUACCCACCUGCUAUUUCGCAAUGGAAAGCGGCCGACAACCCAUCCGAUAUUUCUACAUUCGACAUAUUAUCCUUUAGUUUACUAAAUUCAACUUUACGUUUUCUUGGGCAUAAUGGCAAUUAG